UUUAUGAAUUAGGCUAAUGCGUAGCUAAACUUUUAGCUCAAAAAAUCAAUGAAUGGUCCUUAUAAAUAAUAUCCCCUUGUAAAUAAUAUUGGUCACCCAUCUAAUAAGACUCUACACUAGUGAUCAUGCGGACUACACCUUUCUCCCAUUUCAACAUUCAAUCGAUUGCACGGGCGUCACCUCGCCCUACAACCACUAUAAUCCAUCGCAAAAUAACCUCAUCGCGGAGGUUAUCUCCAGUCUACGCGGUGGCUUCACCCACAACUCCUCCAUCACGUCACCAGGUUACUCACUCAAUGCCACCAGAAAAAUUGGAAGUCUUCAAGUCUUUAGAAUCUUGGGUUUCCAAAAGUGUCCUCCCCCUUCGUCAGCCUGUAGAGAAAUGUUGGCAGCCCAUUGAGUUUCUCCCUGACCCAUCUCAAGGGCCUGAUAAAUUCGAGGAAGAGGUCCGGUCCCUAAGGCAACGAGUUUUAGGGCUUUCAGAUGAGUACUUUGUGAUGCUUGUGGGUAUUAUGCUAACUGAGGAUGCUUUGCCCACUUACCAGACCGUAUUAAAUACAUGGGAUGGAGUACGCGAUGAGACCGCGUGCAGCCCAUGUCCAUGGGCAAUUUGGACUCGGUCAUGGACAGCUGAGGAGAACCGACAUGGUGAUCUGUUACGGACUUACCUUUAUCUUUCGGGGAGAGUGGAUAUGUUGAUGAUUGAGAAGACACUACAAUACUCAAUUGGAGCUGGAAUGGAUAUUGGAACAGAGAACAAUCCAUAUUUGGGCUUUGUGUACACGUCAUUUCAAGAGCGAGCCACGUUUUUGACGCAUGGCAAUAUGGCUAGGCUAGCUAAAGAGGGCGGAGACCCCAUGCUAGCACGUAUAUGUCGAACCGUUGCAGCAGACGAGAAGCGUCACGAGAAUGCCUACACAAGAAUUAUUGAGAAGUUACUGGAAGUGGACCCAAAUGAGACUAUGCUAGCCAUUGCGAACAUGAUGAAAAAGAAAAUCAUAAUGCCAAUGCAUCUCAUGUAUGAUGGGCAAGAUCCUAAUAUAUUUGAGCACUUCUCAGCUGUUACCCAAAGGCAAGGGGUUUACACAACCCGUGAUUAUGCCGAAAUAUUAGAUUUUUUUAUAACACGGUGGAAAUUGGAAAAGCUUGAGGGCUUGACGGGCGAGGCGAGGCGUGCACAAGAUUUUGUGUGCGGACUUCCACGUAGGGUUAGGAAGUUGGAAAAUCGAGCAAAAAUAUUAGAGUCACGUCGAGUGAAGUUUAGCUGGAUUUUUAACAAGCAAGUGAGUGUUUAGAUGUAUUGAUUUGUAAUAAAGAUGUAAAACAAUAAACUUGUCCUUUCACUAAUAAUAAUCCUUUUGGCUAAGCUACUAAAAUAAAUUUGGUUUGAAAUGUACUUCUUGUUAAAAAUGUUAUCUGAAAAAAUGUUCAGGAGAGUA